UAACCUCAUUGCACCCGCCGGUAACUAAUCGAUUGUUUUCCUUUCAUUUCAUCAAAACGACCAUUGGUUUUUGCGGGAAAUAGAUACCAAACAGUUCACAUAAUUCGCGUUUUAACCGUAGACAUAAACAAAAAGUGUGGGAGUCCACAUGCAUCCCUUGAAGGCUUCAUAAACACAAUUACAGUUCUCCGCAGCGGAUCACUAAACAGACGUCGUUCGUUACCAAUUAAGAAAUGGAGAAGCCAAGCAGCAGUCAACUAUCCAUACCAAGUGACAUAGCAUUGACAUGGAAACGUGCCAAAGACUGUCCAUUUCCAAAAAGGGAAGGCCAGUGUGGCUGUUCGGUGGGAAACAAGAUGUACCUGUUUGGUGGUGUCGUUCAAACAGAAGAUGGAGAUCUGGAGAGCAAUGAUCUCCUGUGUUACGAUGCAGAAUCUGGCUGCUGGUCAAAGCUGGACACAAAGACUCCCAGACCGGAGGCAUGUAUAGCUGCCAGCCUGGCUGCGGUUGGUAACAAGUUGUACCUGUUUGGAGGUCUCAACCAAGAGUCUGGCUGGCUGGGCAGUCUUCAUAUGCUUGACCUCGAUACACUGAAGUGGACUGAGCUGACAGGUGAAGGCAUUGCUCCAAGCCCCAGAGAUAAGUUGCAGGCAGCAGUUAUUGAUACCCGUAUAUACUAUUUUGGGGGCUUUGGUCCUAAGGCCACGGUUGAUGAUGACGAUGAUGAAGAUUGGGAAGAUGAGGAUGAUGAGGGUGGUGUGGCAGAGGUAGAGAGGACUCAACAGGCAGCAGAGUUUGGAUGGUUCAAUGAUCUCUAUGUGUAUGACACGUUGAGUAACAAGUGGUCCCAACCGAUGCACAUGAACCUGGGUCUUCCCACAGCUAGGGCAGCCCAUGGCAUGUGUGCUGUCGGCCGAAAUCUCGUGAUAUUUGGUGGACGAGAUACAGAAAAGAGGACUAAUGAUCUCUACAUGUAUAACAUUGAUACAAGGAAAUGGAACAUGGACAUGAAGAUAACAGGGCAGCUACCUGCUCCACGUUCGUUCCACUCCACCACAGCCAUGGGAGGCCGGGUAGUGGUGGUCGGAGGACGUGGGGUGGAUGACAAGCAUUUAGCAGACCUGCAUGUGUUUGACACAGAGACCUACCAGUGGUUGCAGCCGGGGGUUGGGGGUGAUGUUCCAGCCGCCAGGGGACAGCACUCUGUAGCUGUAGUCAGGGACAACCUUGUUGUAUUCGGAGGGUCCUCGGACUACGAUCCACAGACCAUGUCCUGCCAGAAACUCUUCUCAGAUACAUACACGAUACUCACUGGUGAUAUACUCAAAGGUGGGUCUACAACUCAGGUGCACAGUGGAGGGGAUGGAGGGAGUUCAUGAUUUGUAUAAACUUUUAUCUAUUUAUGUACUAACAAACUUGAAUACUCACCUGUACUUACUGGUGAAUAUACACCAAAUAAGUACUUGUAUUCAUGAUCAAAUGUUUAUGGUAAUGAAAUGUGCUCAGAAUUUUUAGACAUUGAUUUUCAUGCUCUUGUGUAUUGAUUAAAUUCAGGGUAUUUUCGUGCUUCAAAUGCUUGUAAUGUUUCAUCAUUUAGUUCCACGUUUACCUUUGUAAUAAACAUUUUUAAAUACAUAAAUUCGAAUGA